GGGGCGGGGGGGUUCUGGGGACGGGCGGCUGCAUGCUUCCAGGCUCCGCGGAGCUCACCAUAACAUCCUGCCCCCCCCAACCCCGCGCCGCGCGCAUUGGGUCCGUGUGGGGAGUACGGAGAUCCCUCAGCCUGGGGAGGGAAUCCCUCAGCUGCCCUCAGCACCGCCCUCACCCAUGACCUGGAUCUGGAAUUCGCACUCUGGCUCCUUCCUUCGUCCCCCGACUCAGCAGUGGGAACAGAAACUGGCACAGAAGCUGGGCACCCUGGCUCCUCUCCUAGUCCCCUCUUCCCUCUGGAUGCCAGUUUAACACUCUCUUGGACAAGAAAAAGCCUGCUGGAAUGAGGGUCAUAGCCAAAGAUGCGCAAGACACGAGAGAUCUCACCAGCCCCCAAGGAACUUGGGGAGAAGGAGCGCCUCAAUCUCUCCCACGACCACCCUCCUCCACCUCUAGCUGACCAUGGAAUCAGAGGCAGAGAAAACAUUCCAUCGGUUCGCUGCCUUCGGAGAAUCAUCAAGCAGUGGCACUGAAAUGAACAACAAGAACUUCUCCAAGCUGUGCAAAGACUGUGGCAUCAUGGAUGGCAAGGCGGUCACCUCCACGGAUGUGGAUAUUGUGUUCAGCAAAGUCAAGGCCAAGAACGCCCGGACCAUCACAUUCCAACAGUUCAAAGAGGCAAUGAAGGAACUGGGCCAGAAGCGCUUCAAGGGGAAGAGCCCGGAUGAAGUCCUGGAGAACAUUUAUGGACUCAUGGGGGGCAAGGACCCAGCCACCACUGGCACUACUAAAGCAACAACAGUGGGUGCAGUGGACCGUUUGACGGACACCAGCAAGUACACCGGCACCCACAAGGAGCGCUUUGAUGAGAGCGGCAAGGGCAAGGGCAUUGCGGGACGGGAAGAGAUGACUGACAACACAGGCUACGUGAGCGGCUACAAGGGUGCUGGCACCUAUGAUAAGAAGACCAAGUAGAGAGGAGCUUCAUCUUAGCCUGCUAGCCCCCUGACCCUGCAUGUUUAACACCAGGGAGCUUGGAAAACAAUAAACAUCUGUGUGUGUGCAGCAGCUAAAAACUCUGUCUAUGAGGGACAACUGGGCCUGCUGAUAUAGGGAGAGGGAGAAGAGAUAGCCGCAGGAGUGUGGGUUCUCAACCACAUACCCUUCACUCUGCUUAGCCUUAUGCCUCCCAGCCAUCAGUUAGCAUUCCCCCUCAACAGCUGCUUCCAAGAACAGGGUGGAAGAAUAUAUUUGGAGUUAAGAGAUGAACCAGUUGUGGAGGUAAAAGUAUUUGCUACCUGUGUUCAUACCUGAAUGGUAUUCACCUCUCCACCUGAUCCCCCAAAAGGGUGUAGCAAUUCCUGAUGUGAUGUACUAUGAAAAAAGAUACCACCUAUUAGACCCUUCCCUGUCCCUCCACCUUCCUCAUCUGUUGCAAUUCAGGUUUUGCUGGGGGAGAAGUAGAAGCCAGCUAACAUGGCCUGACUUCUGUUACAAAUUUGUUCCAGAGCUGGGGGAAGGGGAGAGUCUAUUUUCAACACCAGCCCAGCACUGAGUUUUGCCCCACAUCACCUCCAUCAUGGUGUACAUGGGACAGAAGAUCUUAAUGACUGCUAAGCAUAGCCCAGGAAGAUGACCAGACGGGGGAGGCUGCCAAGAUUCCAAGAGUAGGAGUUCCAGUGCACUGAAGAAAAAGGAAUUAAAAUCAUCACAGAGUCA